GUUUUUUUUUAUGGUUCCCCCAUUUUUUAUUAUUUUCCCUUUCUUUCCUUUUCACGAAUUUUCUCCACACUUGCUCUGUUUUUCUUCAAACUUUCGCUUUCACAAAACCACCCAUCUAUCUAUAUUCCUCACUUUGAGCUCUCGAUCUGGAGCAACAGAUGCCAAUCUGUUUUUGGUGAAUACUUUCGUGAUCUGAUUCGCGUAGAUAAACUGAAUCGACUGUUUGCAAUAGAGGUUUAAUAUUUCUUUCCGGAUAUGGAAUUCAAUCCAGAUUCAACUCCAUAUUUGAGUUUAAUUGCAGCUUUAUCAUAUGGAGUUGCUUCAAUGGCAAUGGUCUUCAUCAAUAAAGCAGUACUUAUGCAAUAUUCAGACUCAAUGACUCUUCUUAUGUUUCAGCAAUUGGUGACAACUUUGCUUAUACACUUCGGUAGAGUAUUGGGAUACACGAAAGCAAAAGGGUUUAGUGUAGAUACAGCAAAAAAACUUCUGCUAGUUUCCUUGUUCUACAAUGCAAAUGUGGCGUUUGCAUUAGCAAGCCUGAAAGGAGUAAAUAUUCCGAUGUACAUAGCCAUUAAAAGGCUUACACCGCUUGCUGUACUUAUAGCUGGAUUCUUUUAUGGAAAGGGGAAGCCUUCAACUCAGGUUACUCUCUCGGUACUUCUGACUGCUGCUGGCGUUCUUAUAGCAGCACUUGGGGAUUUUUCCUUUGAUCUUGUUGGAUAUAGCAUGGCCUUUAUUUCUGUCUUUUUCCAAACAAUGUACCUAAUAUUGGUAGAGAGGUCAGGUGCAGAAGAUGGACUUUCCUCAGUAGAAAUUAUGUUCUAUAAUAGUGUCUUGUCACUACCCUUUCUUUUAUUCCUUAUCAUUGCUACCGGAGAAUUUCCAAAUUCUCUAAUUAUGCUAUUUGCUAAGAGUAACUCAUUCUCAUUUUUGGUUCUUCUUGUUCUUUCCCUGGUGAUGGGUAUAGCACUGAACUACACUAUGUUCUUGUGUACAAUUGUUAACUCUGCUUUAACUACAACAAUUGUCGGCGUCCUCAAGGGAGUGGGUUCCACGACGCUCGGCUUUUUCUUGCUGGGAGGAGUGCAGAUUCAUGCUUUGAACGUCACCGGGCUUGUGAUCAACACCGCAGGCGGAGUUUGGUACUCACUAGCGAAAUACCAUCAGAAGAGAAACAAGCUGCCGAAGCUGAUGUCUGAUGUGGAGACGCAUCGUAAAUGAGACUCCUGGCCUGCUUAAAAGGUGCUCUUGCUUACAUGUUUUGAUGGCAUUUCUCACAGAUUUACUCAUAAGGUGGUCGUUCAUUGUGGAUUCCCUAUACAUAGAGGCAAUUUUCAAAAGUUGUUAGAUGUCAAUCAUUUCAGACAUGAAGAUUCUUGUUAAAUUAUUUAGUGAAGAACAAGUUUAAAAAGAUGAUGAUCUUAAUCCAGCAUAGAGCAGAUUGAAAUGUGUUUUGUUGGGAGAGGGCUAGGUUUAGUAUAAAGAGGAGAGGGAGAAAUCUUGAAAGCAUUAUGGCUGAAGUGGACUUUGAUUGUAUUGUAAUAAUCUUAAAGCACAAGUUUUUCUUUCUUCA